AUGUCGAUCGCCGGCUUCGUGGCAUUGGUGACCGUGUACCUCGGGCUGAACAGCUCGCUCAACCUCCUGAACAAGUGGGCGCUGGGCAUCUAUGGCUUCCGCUUCCCCUUCCUGCUCACCACCGCGCACAUGAGCUUCUCCUUCCUCGUGCUGGCCCCCUUUGCACUGCGCACGCCUUGGGAGGCCCACCGCGCCACGCUGCGCCGCUCCUGGCGCGGCGUGGUCUACAUCGGCGCCUUCAUGGCCCUGAACAUCGCGCUGAACAACGUCAGCCUGCAGGACAUCAGCCUGACCCUGAACCAGGUCAUCCGCUCCGCCAUCCCCGCCGUCACCUGCCUCCUGGCCGUAUUCGUGGAGGGCCACGUGCCCUCCCGCCGCGAGGCCGCGGGCGUGCUCACGCUCACCCUGGGCGUCAUGGCGGUGGUGUGGCAGGGUCGCGCCACGGGCCGCGCCUACGCCGUCCUCUUCUGCAUGGCCGCCACCGUCUGCAACGGCGCGAUGAUGACCUUCUCGGGCAAGGUCAUGUCGGAGAAGCUGGAUGUGGUCAGCCUCACCUUCUACACCGCCCCCGUCAGCCUCUUCUGCCUCCUCCCAUUCUUCCUGAAGUUCGAGCUGGCCAAGCUGAUGGCAUACCUGCCCGAGAACCCGCAGGGUGCAGCCUACGUCCUGCUCCUCACCUCGAUCAACGCGCUGGCCUACAACCUGGUGCACACGCUGAUGAUCAAGCGCACCUCCGCGGUCACCACCACGGUGCUGGGCAUGAUCAAGAUCGUGGGCCUGCUCCUGCUCUCCACCUUCCUGCUGGGGGAAGGGAGGGAGCUGACCCCCAGCAUGACCGCGGGCUGCAUCAUGGCCGUCACGGGGUUCGCCGUCUAUUCCCACACCCGCCUGACGGAGACGCGGGCCACCACGGGCGUCCGCGUCAUCUCCCUCGAAGGCGACGAGGAGGCGGGGCGGCCAGUCAAGGGGCUGGGCGCCAGCGCCGCAGUCUUCAGGCAGCCCUCCACCCCAAAGUCCAGCGAGUGA